UAUUAACAUUGGGGUUUAUACAGUCUCGUCCUCGGACUAGUUGUUUAUAGCGACAAAACAUCUCUCUACGUAUCAGUGUUCGUAGUAUGUGUUUCUGAAAUCCGAACCGUCUGUCUGGCAUCAGAUGUUUUGAUGGGUUUCAACAAUUCAGCGUAUCUAUAAAACCCUACUCUCUCAAACUUCAAUUUCAAAGGCUCCAUUUUUAUAUAAAGAUUGGCUUCAAACUAUCAUUGGUGAUGGGUUCAAUUUAUGGUGGCGAUGAGGAAAGAUCUGUCAUAUCAGACAAGGGUGAUAUUGGAUUCAUUGAUUUUGAUAAUGACAUGUCACAGUGCUGUUAUGAUUGUAGUACCGAAGGCGUGACUAAAAUAUCAAUCCCAUUUCCAUUAGUCAAUAAUAAACCUCAAUUUGGAUACGUGGGAGAUACAAUUGUCGACAAAAUUACUGUCCUCAACACCUCCAACGAUUCAAUAGAACUUCACAAAGCUGAGAUCUAUGAUUCAAAACCUGAGAAGUCCUUCACUCUUUCACUAAUGGAACCUCCUUCUGCAAAUUCAGAUGUUGAAUAUAUCCAGCAAUACCUGGAGACAUUUUCACUGGAGGAUAGAGUUCUGCAACCUGGAAAACCUCUAAUCAUUUGGUUGUCUUGCAAGCCUAAGGAGCUGGGCCUGCACACAGCAGCUGUGCAUAUUACUACUGAGGAAGAUACAAUCGAGCGGCUGGUAUUCGUUCUUGCAGUAGACAAAGUUGCAGAGUCUUUAGCUGGAAAUAAGAAAUUUAGAAGAGAAAUCAAGAAGAAGCAAUGGCCGAAUUUGAUUACUAAUGACGUUAUUCCAGGAUCGCGGCCUCCUAAAGCUUCAAUUCAAUAUUUCAAAAAUAAGCUUCCUCUUUACCCAAUACCAGAUGAUGUUCGAGAGCUUUUAAAACAAAGGCAGAUACCGGAGCUUCUUGAACAGGGUCUGACAAAGCAGAAUUAUACUUCAUACUUUAAGCAUUUGGUGAUUAUGGAAGAAAUUAAAAUGGAGGAUGACAUGAGGGGUUAUGACAUGGACCAUGUCAAAAUGAAGAGUAAGGGUUCCCGAUUUUUGACCCUGGAGGUCCCAGGGCUUGCUGAAAAAAGACCAUCACUUGUUUAUGGAGAUUCUAUCUUUGCUAGACUCGCGACUGUUAAUGAGUAUGACCCCUCUCCCACGUAUCAGGGUUUCAUACAUCGUGUAGAGGCUGAAGUUGUGUUCUUGAACUUUGAACAAGGAUUUCACUCUCGCUUUAGGGCUAGCAAUCUCUACAAUGUUCAAUUCACAUAUAAUAGAUUAAACAUGCGAAGAUUGUAUCAAGCCAUCGAAGCUUCCCAACGUUUAGCGGCAGAAUUUCUAUUCCCAGAUGAUUCUCUUAGAAGCAGAGUGAUACACACUAAUCCUUUGGUGCCUAUAUCUUGUUUGUUAAACGAGGAGCAGAAAAAUGCUGUUGAGAUGAUUCUUGGUUGCAAAGGAGGAGCUCCCUAUGUGAUAUAUGGUCCUCCGGGCACGGGUAAAACUAUGACCGUUAUAGAAGCAAUCCUCCAGCUAUACCAAACUCAAAAGAGUGCGAGAAUUCUUGUUUGUGCACCUUCGAACAGUGCAGCAGAUCAUAUACUAGAAAAACUCCUUGUCCAAGACGCUGUUAGAGUUCAAAACAGAGAUAUUUUACGGCUCAAUGCCCUUACGCGUCCUCUUGAGGAUAUUAAGCCUGACUAUUUCAAGUUCAGCUAUUAUGAUGAAGCAGAGAGACUUUUCAGAUGUCCUCCAUAUAUGACCCUCCGGCGCUACAAGAUUGUGAUAUCUACAUAUGCAAGUUCCUCACUUCUUUAUGCUGAAGGAAUCAAGAGAGAACACUUCUCUCAUAUAUUUUUAGAUGAGGCAGGCCAGGCUUCAGAGCCUGAAACAAUGGUUCCUCUGUCCAAUCUUUGCAGCAGAAGGACUGUUGUUGUUCUAGCUGGAGACCCUAAGCAACUAGGUCCUGUAAUAUACUCGAAAGAUGCUGAAAGAUAUGGACUGGGAAAGUCGUACUUGGAGAGGUUAUUUGAGUUCAAGUUUUAUGACGAAAGUGAUCAAAAUUAUGUCAUCAAACUUGUUAAGAACUAUCGGUGUCAUCCAGCAAUAUUGCAUCUUCCUUCUAAUUUAUUUUAUCAAGGUGAAUUGAUUGCUUGCAAAGAUGACGAUACAAGUUUUUCCUCAGCUUCAGAGGACCUCCUUCCAAACAAGGAUUUUCCUGUGCUUUUCUUUGGCAUCCAGGGUUAUGAUGAGAGGGAGGGAAGCAAUCCUUCAUGGUUUAAUAGGAUUGAAGCCAGCAAGACAGUUGAAAUCAUUCGGCACCUGACAGAGACAAAGGGGCUGAGCGAUGAAGAUAUUGGUGUAAUAGCACCCUAUCGGCAACAAGUCCUCAAAAUAAAGAAAGCACUUGAAGGUAUUGAGCGGUCCAAUAUCCAAGUUGGCAGUGUGGAACAAUUUCAAGGACAGGAGCGGCAAGUUAUCAUUGUAUCAACCGUCCGAUCGACUAUAAAGCACAAAGAUUUUGACAUAGCCCACUGCCUAGGAUUUUUGAGCAAUCCUCGGAGGUUUAAUGUCGCAAUCACCAGGGCAAGAUCGUUGCUGAUAGUUAUCGGGAAUCCUCACAUUGUUUGCAAGGAUCCAUACUGGAACAAGCUUCUUUGGCACUGUGUUGACAAUGGUUCCUACAAAGGCUGCUUUCUUCCAGCAAGGGAGGACUUGCUUGACAAAUUGACAGCCGAAGGCAAUUUGGAUAAUGACCCUUGGCAAGGAGACUGUUGUGAUCUUGGGAAACAGGAUGGAUCUGGCGAGCUCUCUCAGGAGAAUGAAUGGGGAGAAUCUUCACAGGGAGGAGGAUGGGAUCAGGUUAAUUGUGAUCCUCCUUGGGAAGGAGGAUAUUGUGAGACCCAGGACGAGACUUCUCAGGGAGGAGGUUGGAAUCAAGUUAAUUGCGAUCCUCCGUGGGAAGGAGAAUAUUGCGAGGCCCAGGACAAAACCUAUCAGGGAGGAGAACUGAAUCAAGUUAAUAGUGAUCCUUCCUGGGAAGGUGAAAAUUGUGGGGCACGGGAUGAAAAUUUUCUGGAGAGAGAAUGGGUUGCACCCUCUCAGGGUGAAGGAUGGGAUCAAUCGACUCAAGUAAUAUGUGAUCCACCCUGGAAUGGAGAUUGUGAGCCUGGGGACAAACCCCCUCAGGAACAAGGAUUGGGCAAACCCCCGCAGGAGGAAGCUGGUCAAUCGUCUCAAAUAGAAUGCAAGGAGGUCUGUAAAGAUGUAGAAGCGGGUGAAGCUACGGCUGAACCAGCUGUCACAUCUGAAUGGUCGGAUGGUUGGUCAAUGCCUUGAAGAGACUACUACAAAACCUCUAAAGUAUAUUCUGGUGAAAAUAGGUUUGUAACCAGAUAUAAUAUCGGACCGGAAUCAUAGGUGGCAGACUAUGCUAGCUCUAAACUAUGAUGCACCCUAAUAUAUUGUCUGAACAUGGAUUUCAUUUUUCAGAAUCGUACUCUUUUCACAA